GAGAGAGAGAGAGAGAGAGAGAGAGAGAGAGAGAGAGAGAGAGAGAGAGAAUGCAUUUAAUGUGGACCGUCGUCGCGAGCAAAAAAAAGUGAGACACACAAAACAGCUGCAUCUCGGAGCCACUUAGUCAUUCGGAGAACAUCCAGCUGUCGUUACUACUUGAGGGAACACAUUUUUACAACUGCUACGCGGUGUGGAUUACUUCUGUUUUACUUUACCUGUGGAAAAUGUGUUACACAAAUCUUCGGAUUAGUGUAGGAGUUAUACUGGUUUUAACAUUGUCGUUUUGCGGAUUAUCAUGGACCUACAGGGAACAAUUUAACGACACUGCCGACAGAGAGGUCUGUUCAGAAAAUAACGUUGCCACAACUAAGUAUCCCUGCUUAAAACCCACUGGGGAACUGACAACGUGCUUUAGGAAAAAAUGCUGUGAAGGUUUUAAAUUUGUGCUAGGACAGUGCAUCCCUGAAGAUUAUGAUGUGUGUGCUGGAGUCCCUUGCGAGCAGCAGUGCACUGAUCAUUUUGGCAGAGUGCUUUGUACCUGCUAUGCUGGGUAUCGAUAUGACCGUGAUCGGCACAGGAACAGAGAAAGUCCUUACUGCCUCGAUAUUGAUGAAUGUGCCACUAAAAAUGAGACUAUUUGCUCUCAGGUCUGUAUAAACAUUCCUGGCAGUUAUAGAUGUGAGUGCGAGAAGGGUUACUUCUUAGAAGAUGAUGGGAAAACCUGUAGCAAAGGAGAAAGGGCCAGUCACUUUGAAAAGUCAGACAACGUAAUGAAAGCAGGGACAUGCUCAGCUACAUGUGAGGAGUUUCAGCAGAUAAGACAGACGGUCCUGCAGCUCAAGCAAAAGAUUGCCUUAUUGCCCAACAAUGCUGAUGUUAGCAAACAGAUAACAAGUGAAAAAAUGCUCACGUCAAAUUCGUAUUUGCCUGGUCCUCCUGGACAACCUGGGCUCCCAGGCCCGCCAGGUGCCCCUGGACCUAAAGGGUCUUUUGGACACCAGGGACCACCUGGCACCCCUGGCCCAACUGGACCCAGAGGAAUGAUGGGACCUAUAGGGCCAUCACCCGAUAUGUCCCACAUCAAGCAGGGAAGACGCGGCCCUGUGGGUCCACCUGGAGCUCCUGGAAAAGAUGGCACCAAGGGAGAGAGAGGGGCUCCUGGAUCGACAGGACCUCCAGGCCCACCAGGCUCCUUUGACUUCUUGCUGCUGAUGAUGGCAGACAUUAGAAAUGACAUUGCAGAGCUCCAGGAGAAAGUGUUUGGACACAGAACCCAUUCUUCAGGGGAGGAGUUCCCCCUUCCUCCUCAAGGCAUGAGGGACCCUCAGGAUAUAAUAGACUUGGGAUCGGGAGAGGACUACAGACACAGGGCUACAUCAAAGAAUAUUAGAAGAAGGAAAUCAACCCCACACUGAUCCUUAUUUAAGUAAAAAAAAAAAAAAAAACAUUAAAUAUUUCCUAAGCUGUAUAUAAGAAGUCUUCUACUGUUGUAUAAAUUGAAAGUGACUUUGCUGCAGUGAAAUUGAUAUUUCUUUGGAAAAAUCUUUAUUUUUUUAAACAUGUUGUUUCAGUCUGGUGUCAAAUGAUUUGGUGCAUACGUAAUUAAACACACAUAUGUAUUUACAAUUACGCAUAUGCAAAAUUACAAAGUAUGUUUGACACACUUCCUUUCGAGAGCUUAAAAAAUAGAUCUUCCCAGGUGAAGCUUGCAACAUAAGAGGCAUGAUUAAAAACUACUGGAAAUUAAUAAUGCAUACAGUAAUGAAUGUCAUAACAUGCACAUUAUUUGUAUAGCUAUUAGUUUAUUAUUAGAUAUAUCUAUUAAUCCAAAUGUUUACAUAAGUUGUGUUGCAAAUGAAGGGGGAUGCUUAAUCAUUUAUGUUUAGAAAUGUAACUCUUCAAUGGAUAGAAAACACACUGUCAGUCCCAAUUUGUGCAAACUUUCAAUCUCAUACAACACUGAGGGGUGAUGUACUAAAGUGUUGUGUCUGUCGCAAUAGUCACAAACCAGUUGCAAACAAGUCGGAAGUCUGGGGUGAAAUGUACUAAACAAGCACAAUGCUGUUAGCGACUUUUUUAGGAAAUGCUUUGCGGCAGCAGUUUUUCUUUGCGGUUCAGCCUUAGAUGAAUAUGUAAUUAUAGGCGUUUCUGCAUAAAUUUGCAAAAAGGGGGCAGAGAUCGUGCAAAUGAGGGUUCUCAAAUAUUACAAUAAGAUGUACUAAAGCUGCUGGCAAUUGCAACACUUACAAUUGCAUUAAGAAUUUUUGAAAGAUUGUUUUAAAACAGUCGCAAUUGUUGCUGGCAUUUCCCAGUCUACUUUUUCUCGUGUGUUGCCAUUUGUGCUCAAUGCAUUUUUGAGGCGAACACCCAAAUACCUAUUUUUCCCUAAAGGCAGGGUGUACUUACAAGCCUUGAAAACACAUUUCUAUGACAUUUCUGGUUUCCCCAAUGGGUUGGGGGCACACAUGUGCAUUAAAAACUCCAGCUCAUUCUGAAGGGAUAGGGAACACACCUGUUCUAUUAAUGUGCAGGUGGUUUGUAAUUGUGCACAAUUUAGCACUGCACCACUGACUAACUUAAAUAAAAACUGACAGUAUACCAUUGGCUUAUAGGCUACGCAUCAUAAUAUGAAUUGGUGGUAUACAGUCAGCACUCAUGUAGCCGUUUCCCACAUACAUGUCAGUCGUGUUUUACCGCCCUUGUAUUAAGAAUAAAAUCAAUCCCAAUUAUAUAUAUGUAACAAAUUAAUGCACUUACCCGUCACACGCGAUUUCUGACUCUGUCACCAGUUUUCUGAUUCAAAGCUCUUCAAUGUUACAAUGUACUUGUUUAUCCGUCACAGCCUGCGUUUGUUUUUUUUUUGUUUUGUUUUUUUCUCGCAUGCCAAGUCUUUAUUGUGCAGUUACACAACGCUUCCUCCAAUUUCACAUGACGAAAAUGUUCCCUGAAAAAAUGGAUAAGGGUUGGAACAGGCCAAAAUGAAAUAAUCAGAUAUGCAUCACACUCGUUUAACCGUCACUGAAGACACUGAAGUCAACAUUUUAUAGGGUCAAAUAUGUGAGUGCUGACUGUAAUGCAAAAGUUGUUGCUGGUCCCUUGAAAUUGUAUUAACAAGAAUUGACUGUUCUUCUGUAAGUGUCAUAACGCAGCACCAUGAUCUGUUUUGUGUUAAUUGACUAGGCUACUAAGUAGGUCAAGUUAAUAAUAAUUAUAAUUUAAAAAACACUCAAAUCAUUUAGUUUAAAUUUAAAAUAAUGUGUACAAUGCAGCAGCAUGAUUUAUGUUGUGUUAUCAGUAGCCUACAGGCUAAAGUAACAAGAAAGUGCGCUAGGUAUUAAUUUAAUUUUACUGCUGUACUGUAUACAGUAUAGGCGUACUGUACAGAUUUAUAUGUUUUUAAUAAUGUUAUGUGUAGCCUACCCAAAACACAUUAGUGUUAUUUCAGCGCAAUGAUUUAUACAUUUAAAAUACACUGAGCACUGUAAAUGUAUGUGUGUCCGAUUUUAUUGUAUUUUCUUAAACCCGACACCUCCUUAUGUCGGACACACAUAUCCGGUUUAACUAGGGGCUGCUGUAUGAUUAUGAAAAGCUUUUUGAUAGAAACAUAUUUUUUAUUUGGGGGUGAAGGUGGGAUCCCCACUAUAGAAUCUGAUGGGAUUAAACUGCCUUUUAUUAUUUAUUCCAAAAAAUGUCGCACGACUCGCGCAAUGCUAGAGAUCUCGCUAAAAGGACGCAACAAAUACUUAAAUUAGUAUAUUGCAGCUCUCUUCAUUAACAUAUUUUCUCUUAGUACAUAUGACAAAAUGUAUACUUUGCAAAUUGUUGCAACAGAAAUGCAAAUUGUGGUAUGUUUGCGCUGCGACUGGCCCAUCUUAGUACAUCUACCCCUAAGUGUACAGAUAUUUGGGGUGCGUGGUAACAAAAGGGCUAAGCCCUUACUUCUCUUUUAUUUUUCUCACAGCACUGUUUUCCUUUUUAAUAGACAUUUAGUCAGGGUUCAUACAAGCUAUAGGGCUGAGGUUAACACUCAGUGGCGGACAUAGGGGUGACAGAAAUGGUAGGCAAUUGUACUGAUGAAGUAGGCAAAUAAUAACGGGGGGUCUAGGGGGCCGCUCAGUGCAUUCAAUAAACAGUAUUAAAGAAAUACUACUUGGCAUUACAACAGAAAUAAUUACAAGGAAGAUAAAUGUACCUGCAAGAUAUACAGAAAGAAGUAUUUUAAAAAGGUCAGCUUCCGAAUUGUGCCCCUCUAUUCCUAUAAAAAUUAAGACGUAUAAUAAAGAACACUGUCUACAUGUGGAAGAUCACUAUUUAGCAACCGUAGAACACAACCACUUUGUUAAAAGUUUGUUUUACAAAGCUUUAAUAACUCUAGGGCAAAUCUCAAAAGAGCAAUGAAAAAUACUUACCUAUAAAUACUUACCUAUUUAUAGUCUGAGAAUAUACCAUCUGGAAACAACACAAACGAUCAUGUGAUCAAGCACUGAGAAUUACAAAAAUAAAAAUGCAUGCUGUUGUUUCUCCCAAGUAGUGUAGUAGGCUCUCAUAGUUACAAAUUAUUGCCUAGGAGUAGGAUUUUGGUGAAAUACAUUUAAGAAAUUAGCAUCUUUGUUACACAAGCACCAGCACAGAUGCGCUUGCAGUUCUUUUUAAAUGUGUGCGCUCCACUUUUAAAUGUUUAACACCCAGCAAUAUUUGUGGGCAACUAAAACAAAAAUAAUUAGGAAGGCAGUGCCUACCAUUGCCUACCACUAUGUCUGCCCCUGCUAGCACUAGAAAGGGGAAGUCAUCUGAAAUUUAAAAUCAACAAUAGCCAGAGGAAGAUUUGUCAGUUAGGUAAAAAUCGUACUGUUAAAAUUGUUUCAUUUUAGGCUUCCCUUUAACUGGCAGUAAACUCAAUGCACGAGACUUUGGCUGGGACCAAAUCAAAACUUUGACAACCUGCUAAUCGCACUUAACAAAACUGUAUUUAAUAGCGUUUUCUUUUUAUGAGUAGAAGAAAUAAGAUACUUACAAAAAAAAAAAAAAAAACACUAUUAAAUACGGUUUUAUUAAGUGCGAUUAGCAGGUUGUCAAAGUUUUGAUUUGGUUCCUGCCGUUGUCAUAAUAUAAAUUUUUCAUUUUCCAUGCUUUCCUGUGUAUUUUGUCAUGCAUGUCCAUACUUUAACAUGCUUUAACUUUGUUCUGCCUUUACCACGGUAUAAUGCAACACACUUUUAUAUGGGAACUUUGACACACCCAGUUUAUCCUGAAGACAAGAAUUAGUGUUCAAUUUAUAAUAGCUAUUUUUUUUUAUUUUUUUUUGUGGAAGCUAUUUCAUUCUGGCUGCUACUGGAUGUCUUUUGCAAAUGUAAUAGUUAAAUCAUAAGAUGAGUAUAAUAGUGUAAUCUAUGUAACAAAUAUAACUGAAAUUGUUUUACACUGUAUGUCACUUUUCCAUCUGCCACUAAGACUGUAAGCGAUUUGAAAUCAGUCCUGUCCAUUUUCACAGACAGCCGACCAAGAUUAUACAAGAUUGAAUCAUGACUCCAUCAGUCCCCAUUGAGAUUGCAGGUUGGCAGAACUUUCUCUCCAAUUCGAUAAAGGAAAUUGGGUGCUCAAUGUGAUUGCUAGAUACAGGUGAUAAACUGCAGAAAGAAAGAAAACAUUGGGGCUAUGAAUUAGUGUUACCAUCAGUUAAACAUGGGAACUAUACCAAAAUGUGACACAAUAGACUCAAUAAAUAUAUGAUUGCAGAUUGGAUUGGAGAUCUGGAUUGGAGAUGAAACCGUCGGCAGCCCCAGUUUGAUAUUGUAACAAGAUGAAAUAGAGUUUUACAGACUGGUUUCAUGCAGAAGGAAACUAAUUGUACCAGGAUGUUAAAUAUUAUAUCCAACAUAUAUCCCUAGAACUCAAGGUAAUUUUAUAUUUUAUGCACAUGAAACGUUGGCAUCUAAUCUUUGUAAAGAUAAUACAGAUUUAUUCAGUAAACAUG